AGGACGCAGCUUUCCGUCAGGGACCUCAAUACCCCACCGUAGAAAGCUCUCGAAUUCAUCGCAUUCAGCCCUAAAAAGAUCAAAGUCCCAAUGGUUCCAUUCCAAAGCUUGGGCAUUGCAACUUACAUAUAACUUCUGCUUGACGACCAUUUCUUCUCUGUCCACAAGUUUCGGUUUACACGCGUAAGAAUUUUCUCAAGUUCAUAAAUUAUUCGUCCAAGUUAAAACACAACAACAACUGCGUUUGGAGAAAGGUAGCAUCAACCCACCAUGGCCUCUGUAGACGAGCUUAAAGCUCUGGGCAACAAGGCUAUUGCCGACAAGAAGUUUGACGAGGCUAUUGAUGCCUUCACCAAGGCUAUUUCCAUCGACCCAAACAACCACAUUCUUUACAGCAACCGAUCUGCUGCUUACGCUUCUAAGAAGGACUGGAAAAAUGCUCUAAGUGAUGCUGAGAAGACAACCCAGAUUAAGCCAGACUGGCCGCGAGGAUGGGGUCGCAAGGGCGCAGCCCUGCAUGGUUCUGGCGACCUUCUGGGUGCCAGUGACGCCUACGAGGAGGGUCUCAAGCACGAUCCUAACAACGCCGGUCUAAAAAGUUCUCUUGCCUCCGUCCAGCGAGCGAUAGAGCAAGAAGCCGGCGCCGGUCUCGGUGGUGAUCCUACAGGUGGACUCGGCAAGAUGUUUAGCGACCCUAAUCUCCUCCAGAAGCUGAUGAACAAUCCUAAGACCAGCGGUUUCCUUGCUGAUCCAUCCUUCAUCGCAAAGAUCCAGGCCAUACAGCAGAAUCCCCAGAACACGCAGGAAUUGUUCAGCGAUCCUCGAAUGAUCCAGGUAUUAGGAGUUCUGAUGGGCAUCGACAUGCAAAUGGGAGGCCCGGAUGACAUCCCAGGUGCUGCCUCUGCCGCUGCCGCCUCUUCAUCUGGCGCUAAGGAGGCAGAGGAGGACGUUGAAAUGCGGGACCGUACUCCAGCUGAGUCCGAAUCCCAAUCCAAACCAGAGCCUGCCAAGGCCCCCGAGCCUGAGCCUGAGCCAGAGCCAGAAGUGGAUGAGGAAGAGCUCGCCAAGAAAAAGGCAAAGGAAGAGGCCGACAAGGAAAAGGCACUGGGUACUGAAAACUACAAAAAGCGUAACUUUGACGAGGCUAUAAAGCACUAUACUAAGGCUUGGGAAUUGCACAAGGACAUAGCCUAUCUCAACAACCUUGGCGCCGCUCAAUUCGAAAAGGGCGACUACCAAGCCUGCAUCGAUGCUUGCACUAAGGCUAUCGAAGAGGGCCGCCAGAUAUAUGCCGACUUCAAGAUGAUUGCCAAGUCAUAUGCGCGCAUUGGUACAGCCUACGAGAAGCUAGGAGACCUUACAGCGGCGAUUGAAAAUUACCAGAAGUCCCUGACCGAGUAUCGAACACCCGAUACUGUAAAUAAGCUCCGCGCUGCCGAGCGUAGAAAGAUCGAGGAAACUAGGAAGUCUUACAUAGACCCGGAGAAGGCCGAGGAAGCUCGCGAGGAAGGUAAUAAGAAGUUCAAGGAGCAAGAUUUCCCCGGUGCUGUUGCGGCUUACUCGGAGAUGAUCAAGCGUGCUCCGGAUGAUCCUCGUGGAUAUAGCAACCGCGCCGCCGCCUUUGUCAAGCUGUUCGAGUUUCCAAGCGCUCUCGAGGACUGCAACACGGCUAUCAAGAAGGACCCCAAGUUCAUUAGGGCGUAUAUUCGCAAGGCGCAAAUUUACUUCGGCAUGCGCGACUACUCCAGGUGUAUCGACGCUUGCAACGAGGCUGCUACGGUAGAUAGCGAGUAUCACAACAACGCCAACGCGCGGGAGAUUGAGCAGCAGCAGCAGAAGGCUCUGCAGGCUAUGUACGCUGCCCGAGAGAAUGAGACAGAGGAUCAGACUCGGGAGAGAUUGAUGAAAGACCCCGAGAUCAUGAGCAUCAUGCAAGACCCUGUCAUGCAAUCUAUCCUCCAGCAAGCCCAGUCCGACCCCGCGGCGCUGCAGGAGCACAUGCGCAACCCGAACGUUCGUUCUAAUAUCCAGAAACUGAUUGCGGCCGGUGUGAUUCGAGUUGGACGAUGAGCGUUAGCGUAGUGAUGUCUUAUUUUUCUACUUAAGCUACUUUAUCUCAUUAAUUUUCACAAUGGUUAGGUUGGUGGUUCGUUGGCUGUAGUAGCAUGUAAGGGCAUCGCGGAGCCGUAGGUACUCAUGGUAAUUGCAAUUCACGAUACUGGCGUUGAAAAAUGCAAAGGGUGGAUUAGGGAAUGAGGGUAAAUGAAUUUACGCUAAUCAACGAUUCCAACAUCCUUAUAGUUGUCACUAAGCUUUAUAGCUUUGUAGUCUUCGUGAUCCGUUACAGUUCCUUAAGAAUGGAUGCCUUCACUUGACGAUAUUCGUAAGCAUCACUUCUGAUAGUUAACGCCAACUUUAGUACAUG